ACCACAUCCUCCUGCUUGUACAGUAAUAUCAGGCCAAGCUGACGUCAUGCCUGUUCCAGAGCCAAAUCUAGUUAUGACUCAUCAAGGCAUCUGCACCUCUAGAAGGCAACCAUCGCAGGAGGCUGAGCAAGGACCCGCCAGGCGACAAUGGCCAACUGAGGAAGAGUACCAGAGCAGUGAAGCUGGGGAGCCCCAAGGGACUGUGGCAAGAGGAAGGAUGGCAGGCCAGGUGUGGGGAUGGCUGCUGCUGCUCUUCCUUCAGCAAGCUUCGGCUUGUGGGAAUCUCACCUGUUUUGCUGACUACAUCCAGACCCUGACAUGCAUGUGGGGAAAUGACCCCCACGCCUCCAGCAGAGCUCGGUACCAUCUUACAGCAACAUGGGACUGCGGAGAAGAAGACGGCAACUGCUCCUUCACCUCCAAGGGUGCUGCCGCCGCCCGAUACACCUGCUUUGCAGAGCAGGAUAUGUGCUAUGGGAACAACAUCUUUGAGGUGGCCGUGAAGCUGGGGGAUGAGCAACGGCAAGUGUGUAAGAACAAGUUUAUCUUCCAAGAACACAUUAAGCCGUACCCGCCGUUCAGCCCGAGGGCUAUUGCCUCCCCUGAGGGCUACAACCUCUCCUGGAGCACCAUAUACCAGCACGAUGAGUACUUCUACCGAGACCUGGACAGGGAGCUGCAGUAUGAGUUGCGCUACCGGCAGAAGGGACAUCCCUGGCAGGGACACAACCAUCUUCUGCAGGACACCGAGACCUUGUGGCUCCUGCCCCAGGAGUUAGAAGGGGACACAGACUACGAACUCCAGGUUCGGGCAAAGCCAAGGGAAGGCUCCUCAUACCAGGGCACUUGGAGCGACUGGAGCCCCAAAACGACCUUGAGGACGCUGCCGAGGGCCGUGGAGGACAGGGCAGGAGACAAUUGGUCCUUGUGGUUCCUGCUGGUGCUCAGCCCAUUGGUUGUUCUUGUGGUCUUCCUGGGCUGGCAGCAUCAGAGGUUGUGGAAGAAGCUGGACAUCUUCAUCCCCAGCCCGGCCCCCUUUUUCCGGCCCCUCUACCUGAUCCACAAUGGAGACUUCAAGAAGUGGUUGGGCGGCGGCAUCUCCCACCCCGGAGCCAUGUUGGACAACUUUGAAUGGAGCACAGCCCUGCUGGAUGUGUUUGGGAUGGGCCAAAAGCCCCUUCCCCCCAGCCCUGCCAAGGAGCAGCAGAGUGGGGGUCAUGCACCCUCCCCUGCUACAUUCGCUUCCCACCCACCUGGGAGCCAAGACGCCACCCAUGAGCAGGCCUACGGCCACCUCUCCAUUGACACCGUCACUGUGGCUGGAGAGUUUACCGCCUGCUGCCCAAGGUGCAAGGGGGCCACAGCAUGCUGCGCUCUGGAGGAGGGCCAGGGCAAGGGAGAUGCCUACCAGGGCAUCCUCUUCAAUGGGGGCCAGAUCUCCGAGAAUCUGCUCCUGGUGGACAUGGUCCCACCAGCAGCAGCCCAGAGGAAGGCUUUCUUGUCUGCCUUGGAGUCCUGGUCCGGAGACCCUCUCCUCAAGACUCUUGCCCCUUUCUCGCAAGCUGGCGGUUCCCUGGGCAGAAAAAAGUCUGGGGAGGAGGUGGACUUUUUUGGUUUGUCUCCUGAGCCCUGGACCCUGGAAGGCCUCUUGUCUUCAGAGGAGGAGGACCUGGCUUCCUACCGAGACCUGCUCUCUCCUGACUUGGAUGCAGAUGGGGACCUCCUUGCCAAUGGCCUGGAUCUGGAUACCAUUGACAGUGGCUUUGCAGAGUGUGACUGUGGGAGCCCUGUGGACUCUGAGUUCGAGAGGAGGCCGACAGGCUGUGGGUCUGAACCCCUCAGUGUGGAAAGCGGAGAGACAGGGGAAGAGCUCCUGCCCAGCUAUGUCAAGCAGUGGGUCUCCUCCUGUCACAACAGAGUGCAGCCCAGUUAAAAGCACAGAAGGGGAAGCAGGAGCUAAGAACCUGUCGAGGCCACCGUGAAGCUCCUUCACUCCUUGCAAAGAUCUAUGGGCCUUGCUUGGAUGCUCUGCUUUCUCCUGUGUAAGAGAGAUGUAAGCAGGGAAGACUUUGCUGCCACUACCAGACACCUCCUUUGCCCCAGGAGACCCACCCACCCCAGGACUGGAAGCUGUUUCCCCCCCCUCCUUGACAAAUUCCCCUUUUUGCUUAAAAAAGUGAAUAUUUUUUACAAAUAUGAAAUAUUUGGAUGAAGUUGGGAGUGUCAACCACAAACCAGACUUCAAGUUCCAAGCCACAGGGGGUGCACA